AACUACGUUUUAAACCCGUAACGCUCUAAUACUAUUUGUAAAUGUAUUUAUUUUUAAACGAACAAUAAUAUCCUUAUAUAUCUUGUUAAAGGGGAUUUACACAUAUACGCAUUGUUAUUGACUACAUUAAAACCGGCUAAUAGCAAAGACACAUAAUAUACACAUAAUUAUUGGAAGAUAAAAAUAUAUCAGUCGUAUACGUGUUAUAUAUAAACACGGAAGUAAAUUCAACAUAUUUCCUUGUUUAAAAUUGAAUGAUGAAUCAGAUUAUCCAGUGUAGUGAUGAUGAACCAUUCAGUAGGCAUUUCAUAUACACUUCAAAUAGUGAUUUUACUGAUACAGAUGUUAUAUCAAAAGUUAAUAGCAGUGGCAAGUGGGAAGGUUUACCUGUACCAAAUAAUGAAAGUAACAUCAAUUAUGUUCAAAAUGGAUGUGCUGAUUCAAACAUACUUCAUUCACACGAAACAGUCGUUUACAGUCAUAGUUCACCACAACAAGCAAACGGUGAAAAGAAACAACAAUUCCUGUUAACACAACAUGCAAAAAGACAACAUGGUAUCAAAAAUGAAAAUAGAAGUACUCGACGUGCAAAGUUUAGAUCAUACUCGAAAUACAGUAUUAGGGAACAAUCUUUUAUUGGUUGGAUAUCAGACUGUGUUUUACCUAUAUGGAUGUUUGCUAAGGCAGGUUUCUUUUAUAAAGGAUUUGCUGACAUCGUGGCUUGCUUUGAAUGUGGAAUUAUACACCGAGGAUGGCAACAGGAUGACGAUCCUGUCAAAACACAUAUGAUGCUGCAACCAGAAUGUCCGUUUAUAAUGAAUCUUUUAGAACAAGGUAUACAAUCAUCUGAACAUCUCCAGGGAUUUGGAAGCUGUGAUGAGAGUAUCGAAAUUAAUGAUGCUUCGGAAAGAACAAAUAACGUUGCAUCUACGUAUUCAUAUUCGAGUUCAUCAGAGUCACCAUCGAAUCCAGGAUUACAGUGCAAAGUUUGCCUUAUAAAUCCAUUGCAGAUAACAAUCCAGCCAUGUGGUCAUUUUGCCAUAUGCCAAGACUGUUGUUCUCGUCUUAAACAUGAAAACAACAGGUGCCCUAUUUGCAGAGGACCAAUAGACAAUACCGUUCGCACAUACGUCUCUUAAGAACAUUUACAUAGCAUAUUCCUAGUACUCAACAAAAAAGACAAAGAGAAAUAAUUAUAUAGCUUUGAAUUUGUCAACAAUUUAAUAAAACUAUUUUAAAUGUUUA